AUGGAAAAUCCUCCUGGAGACACCGGCCGCGACGGGUUCCAAUGGACCAAGGAAACCGGCCUUCAAGCCGGGGUUCCCUCGCUUGGUGUUAUCCUGCCACCGUCCAACCUGCCAUCCGAUGACACGGCCAACUCGGACACAUUUGACGUGAUUGUCGUUGGCGGCGGGUACACGGGCCUUACAGCAAUCCGCGACCUCACCCUAGCCGGACACAAAGUGCUCCUCGUCGAAGCGCGGGAUCGGAUUGGCGGCCGCUCUUGGUCCUCCAACAUUGACGGCUACCCGUACGAGAUGGGCGGCACUUGGGUCCACUGGAACCAGCCCUUUGUCUGGCGCGAGUUGUUCCGCUACGGCCUGUCGACGAAGCUCGAGAUCUCAAUGGUGACCGAGGGAGGCUUGAACAAGUGCUUCGUGGAUAUGGGCACGAGGAGAGUUGAGAUGGGCCAUGACAAGGAGGAUCUCCUCUCCGAGUCAGCGCUCACGAAAUAUGUCGAUGUCGACGGACACUUGGCUCGGACCGUGAUCCCUUUUCCCCAUGAUCCGCUCUACAACAAGGAAGCAGUUGCCCGCUACGACGCAAUGACCAUGGCGGACCGCCUGGACGAGAUCGCGGACGAGCUGACUCCGGUGGAACGCAACAUGCUAGAACAGUUUCUGUCCAUAACGUGCGGCAGCAGCCGGUUCGAGGACGCGUCUUUCUUCGAGGUGCUUCGUUGGUGGGCCUUGAUGAACUACAACUAUACCGACUUCAUCGCGCUCGGCCUGACGUACAAGCUGCGGGCCGGACAGUCGGCGCUGGCGCGCAGCUUUUUCGACGAGGCUCUUGCGACAGAGAAGCUCAGGUACGCCUUUGACUCGCCCGUCAGCAAGAUUGUCGACCAGGGCGGGGUCGUCGAGGUGACAACGACGGCCCGUGACGGUUCCGGCACCGCAGCCACUUUCCGUGCCCAUCGCGUCAUCUGCACCGUGCCGCUCAACGUGCUCUACAAGAUCGACUUUUCGCCGCCGCUGGCACCGCUCAAGACGGAAGCCUCCAAACUCGGGCACGUCAACCAAGUCACCAAGAUCCACGCGGAGCUAGCCAACCCGGAGCUGCGAUCAGUUGGGGCCUUUUCUUUGGGCAAGCUGACAUACGGGUUCGGCGACGGGACCACGCCGGCGGGCAACACGCACAUGGUGGCGUUUGGGAGCUCGCAAGCCGGGCGUCAUCUGCAGCCCGAGGAGGACAUGGAGGAGACGUUGCGGGCGUGGCGGCGUCUUAUCGGCAGAGAUGACGUGGACAUCCGCCGGGUCGUGUUCCACAACUGGCACAAGGACGAGUUUGCUCAGGGCGCCUGGGAGUGGCUGCGGCCAAACAUGUCGCUCAAGUAUCUCGACGAGCUGAGGAAACGGCACGGCAAUGUCCUGUUUGGCAGUGCCGACUGGGCGCUUGGCUGGAGAGCUUUCAUCGACGGCGCCAUUGAGGACGGCGGCAGGGUGGCUAAGGAGGCAUCCGACGAGAUUCGCGCCUUGCGCCGAAGCAAUGUGGUGGUUCCUGGAAUUAACGGGUUGAGUUUUUGA